CGCAGGGGCGGAGGAGAGGAACGGAAGGGUUGGGGCGGGGCGACGGGACGAAGGGGCGGGCCUUUUCCAAGAUUCCUACACCGUCACUUCCUGUUUGCUGGACCUUCUGAAUCCGGGUCAAGGGUGUUCACCUCUCCCCGGCUGAUCAAGCACCCUCGGUGACAGCGGCUCCGGGCUCAGACCAGGGCCCAUUUCAUCUCAAGAUCUCCUGGAGCUCGGACACCCACGCCUGUCCCGGGACGCGGACACCCGCUUCCUCCACCUGCCGGCUCGCAGCCCCGGACCCUAAGCGCCGGCCGCCGCCGGGGGUCCUCCGCUGGCGCCUCCGUGCUGAUGCUGAGAAGGACCGCGGGCUCGGGGCGGCGGCGGACUGCGGGCCUCCGGCUCCUUAGGCCCGCCGCGGGCGGUGCCGGUUCUUACGCGCCCCGAGCCUGCCAACUCCGACUCCCGCCCGGGCUUGGAUGGGCCCCCCUGCCCGAUAAAUGUGGCUGCUGAGGCGGCGGUGGCGGUGGUCGAUCCCGCUGCUGCUGCGCUCCAAGUUCACCUCCGCCCCGGGGCUCCCCUGCCCCACCUCGGGGCUGUCUCCGCCCGCACCCUACCUUCUGGCCUUGCAGCCUGGCGACAAUGGACAAGAUUUUAGAGGGCCUGGUGAGUUCUUCGCACCCGCUGCCCCUAAAGCGGGUGAUUGUGCGGAAGGUGGUGGAGUCGGCUGAGCAUUGGCUAGACGAGGCGCAGUGCGAGGCCAUGUUUGACCUGACCACCCGGCUCAUCUUGGAGGGCCAGGACCACUUUCAGCGGCAGGUGGGGCACCAGGUGCUGGAGGCCUACGCACGGUACCACCGGCCCGAAUUCGAGUCCUUCUUCAACAAGACGUUCGUGUUGGGCCUCCUUCAGCAGGGCUACCACUCGCUGGACAGGAAGGACGUAGCCAUCCUAGACUACAUUCACAACGGCCUGAAGCUCAUCAUGAGCUGCCCCUCGGUGCUGGACCUCUUCAGCCUCCUGCAGGUGGAGGUGCUACGGAUGGUGUGUGAGAGGCCGGAGCCGCAGCUGUGUGCCCGACUGAGCGACCUCCUGACCGACUUCGUGCAAUGCAUCCCCAAGGGGAAACUGUCCAUUACUUUCUGUCAACAGCUGGUUCGAACGAUAGGCCACUUCCAGUGCCAGUCCACCCAGGAGAAAGAGCUGCGGGAGUAUGUCUCUCAGGUGACAAAAGUGAGUAACUUGCUGCAGAACAUCUGGAAGGCCGAGCCCUCCACUCUGCUGCCGUCCCUGCAGGAAAUUUUUGCAAGCAUUUCCUCUACAGACGCAUCAUUUGAACCCUCCGUAGCAUUGGCAAGCCUCGUGCAGCAUAUUCCUCUUCAGAUGAUUACAGUCCUCAUCAGGAGCCUUACUACGGACCCAAACGUCAAAGAUGCCAGCAUGACCCAAGCUCUUUGCAGAAUGAUCGACUGGCUGUCCUGGCCGCUGGCUCAGCACGUGGACACGUGGGUGACCGCGCUCCUGAAAGGGCUGGCGGGGGUCCAGAAGUUUACUAUCUUGAUAGAUGUGACUUUACUGAAGAUAGAACUGGUCUUUAACCGACUUUGGUUUCCCCUUGUGCGACCCGGUGCUCUCGCGGUCCUCUCGCACAUGCUGCUCAGCUUUCAGCAUUCUCCGGAGGCGUUCCACGUGAUUGUUCCUCAUGUAGUUCAUUUGGUUCACUCCUUGAGAAGUGAUGGCCUGCCUUCCAGUACAGCCUUCUUGGUGCAGUUAACGGAAUUGAUACACUGUAUGAUGUAUCAUUAUUCUGGAUUUCCAGAUCUUUAUGAACCUAUUCUGGAAGCAGUAAAGGACUUUCCUAAGCCCAGUGAAGAGAAGAUUAAGUUGAUUCUCAAUCAAAGUGCCUGGACUUCUCAAUCCAACGCUUUGGCAUCUUGCUUGUCUAGACUUUCUGGAAAAUCUGAAACUGGGAAAACUGGUCUUAUUAACCUAGGAAAUACGUGUUAUAUGAACAGUGUUAUACAAGCAUUGUUUAUGGCCACUGAUUUUAGGAGACAAGUAUUAUCUUUAAAUCUAAAUGGGUGCAAUUCAUUAAUGAAAAAAUUACAGCAUCUUUUUGCCUUUUUGGCUCAUACACAGAGAGAAGCGUACGCACCCCGGAUCUUCUUUGAGGCCUCCAGACCCCCCUGGUUCACCCCCCGGUCGCAGCAGGACUGCUCCGAGUACCUCAGGUUUCUGCUCGACAGGCUCCACGAAGAAGAGAAGAUCUUGAAAGUUCAGGCCUCACGCAAGCUUUCUGAAAGUCUGAGCUGCCCUGAAACCUCCCUCCAGGAAGUAGCCGGUCAGGCAGCCGCACUGACAGCGGCCCCGUACACCAGUGAUGGUGAGAAGACUUUGAUAGAAACGAUGUUUGGGGGAAAACUACAAACUCACAUCUGUUGUUUGAACUGCAGGAGUACCUCCCAGAAAGUAGAAGCCUUUACAGACCUUUCACUGGCCUUUUGUCCUUCCUCCUCUGUGGACAACCUGUCUUUCCAAGAUCCCGCAUCAUCCCCCAACGCACAGGACGGGGGUCCGGUGGGAUUCUGUGCAUCCAGUCCCUCGGAAGAGCCAGGAGCUUAUGACCCAGUAACAGCGGCCUUCGUGUGUGACUCAGCCCUGAGUGAGAGAAGGGCAGGCAGCCCUCCUGAUAAGUUUUGCUGUGCUGAAAACACUUCUGUCCCUAGUGAACCUAGCAAGAAUUUUGUUAAUAAAGAUGUACCUCAGAACCUGGGGGCUGACGCCACGCCUUCAGUAACUGACUUACUAAAUUAUUUUUUGGCUCCAGAGAUCCUCACUGGAGACAACCAGUAUUAUUGUGAAAACUGUGCCUCUCUGCAGAACGCCGAGAAAACUAUGCAAAUCACGGAGGAGCCCGAGUACCUUAUUCUCACUCUCCUGCGAUUUUCUUACGAUCAGAAGUAUCACGUGAGAAGGAAAAUCUUAGACAAUGUGUCACUGCCACUGGUUUUGGAGUUGCCAGUCAAAAGAACUACUUCUUUCUCUUCACUGUCAGAAAGCUGGUCUAUAGAUGUUGACUUUACUGACAUUAGUGAAAGCCUGGCUAAAAAGCUGAAGCCGUCUGGGACCGAGGAAGACCGCUGCCCCAGACCGGUGCCCUACCUGCUGAGUUCCGUUGUCGUGCACUCCGGCGUUUCCUCGGAGAGCGGGCAUUACUACUCCUACGCCAGAAACGUCACGGGCACGGGGGCCCCGUACCGGCCGUGCCACCACCACCCUGAGGCUCGGGCGUUGGCCUCCGCCCAGGGUCACCUGCUGGAGAGUCCCAGCGCAGUUGUCGAACAGGACUUGGAAAACAAGGAAAUAUCCAAAGAGUGGUUUUUAUUUAACGACAGCCGGGUGACGUUUACUUCAUUUCAGUCAGUCCAGAAAAUCACAAGUAGAUUUCCAAAGGACACAGCGUACGUGCUUUUGUACAGGAAACAGAACAGCACUAACGCUUUAAGUGGUAAUAAUUCAGCCAGCGGACUCUGGGUCAACGGAGACCCGCCUCUACAGAAAGAACUUAUGGACGCUAUUACAAAAGACAAUAUACUGUAUUUGCAGGAACAAGAGCUGAAUGCUCGAGCCCGGGCACUGCAAGCGGCAUCUGCCUCCUGUUCGUUCCGGCCCAACGGGUUUGACGACAACGACCCUCCCGGAAGCUGCGGCCCGACGGGCGGCGGGGGUGGAGGAGGAUUCAAUACCGUCAGCAGACUGGUGUUUUGAUCCUGAGCGAGUCCAAAAAUGCACUGGUCACAAAACAUCCCGUACUAUGACUGUUAAAAUGUCAGACUGUAGUAAGAAUCAUAUCUUUUAUUUUUCUUUUCAUUAGACCCUUAUACUUUAAGAAAACACACUCAGUGCUUGUUUUUAUUCUCUUGACCAUACAUUUAUUAACAAAAUGCAUCAUGGGAAAAAAAAAUCUACCUCUCAAAAUUUCAUUUGCUUUUGUGGUUAGACAUGCUCGACCAAAAAAUGUUCUGAGGAAAGUGUGUACCCGGUCCCUAAUUAAGCUGCAUUACAUUUAGUAGAGGCAUUUAAAUGCUUCUAUCCUCAGUUUUACUGAACAGAAAAGUAUAACUCAUUUAGCAUCCUUUAUAAAAGAAUUAUGUUAGAGUUGAAGGAAAUAUUGUUGAAAAAGAAAAUCCUUUAUUCCCUGUGUAGUCACCCCAUUGUCAAACUCACAUCUCUGAAAGCACUAGAGGUGACACAGCCCCCGGCGACGGCAAUAACACAGAGUCGGUCGGGCCAGAGCGCCGUCCGGGUUCGCCCAGCGCUCUCCUCCGCAUCCCUGUAUCUGCGUCUCAAGGACACGUGUUUUUAAAGGGAUUAUUUAUACAUAUGCGCUGAACCGAUUUUUAAGAAAGGUGCAUGAUCCUAUAGGAGCAACAUUUUUACCUAAAAAUUGCUAACUUUGUAGUAUUUCUAAUUGUUUAAGAAUUUUAAAAUUCUAUUUCAGGGAGUCUAUCUUCUGUGUGUUUUGAAGGAGGUGAGUUCUGUAUGUGCCUUGCAGUACUGUAAUUCAAGAAUAGGAGUCUUUGGCUGCAGAAAAGCUUUUUUAAAAUGAAAUGUUAGGAAGUAAUUUUUUGUGCUAACAUUAAAAUUAUAACUUUUUGAAAGGUAUUAGAUUUUCCUGAAGUAAAAUCUGAUGGUUCUAAAUCGGCGUGUGAUAGUUUGUUUUUAACUCUUAGAAGAAUUCAGAGGAAAUGGACAUAGUCAAGUAAAAAAAUCUUUUUUGAUUUUGUUACUUACUCCUCAAAAUAUUAAACAUUGAUCACGUA